UUUUCAGUGUAAUGCUAAGAAUAUCAGGUUAGUUACUAUGAAUAAUUUACUACCAUCAUCGAUAAAGAGGCAUCAAUGAAGUACGAUUUGAAGGGAUCUACGUAUAAAAGAAAGGCAAACAAAUAUGAACGAUGCAAAGACUCUCCAACGUUUAAAGAUUUAGAUUUUAUGGAGCAUCAUCCAGAGGGUAUUUUGUUGGAGGCAGAAACAUAUAAAGCUCUUAUUACAACAAUCACUAGAGAUUGUCGGGUUUUAGCGUCCUUCAAAAUCAUGGAUUACUCACUUUUAGUUGGUAUCCAUAACCUUGAUUUGGCGGCCAAACAAAAGGCACAGGACAAGGAGAAAAAACUGAAUGGUGGUGACGGUGGAGCAGAUGAAGGAGGCAGUAGUGGUGCAGAAGGCCUCAUUCGUUCCAGAUCCAUUAACAGACACAAGCUAGUGGCACAUUCAACAGCAAUGGAGUCUAUACAGGCCGAUUCCGAUCCGAUUGACGAGGAAGAUCAUGUUCCGCCUGGUGGCAUUCCUGCAAGAAAUGCAAAAGGGGAAAGAUUGUUGCUAUUCUAGGUAUUAUAGAUAUUCUUCAGAGUUAUAGGCUGAAGAAGAAAUUGGAACACACUUUUAAAUCUAUGAUCCAUGACGGGGUG